GCUGGGAUCCCGGGACAGGGUGCCAGGCUCGCUGUUGGUGACAUGUAGACGCCCUCCCCGCCGCGGUACAGCCUCGGAACCUGGACGCUCUCCUGGCCGGAAAGUUUGGGGCUGGGCGCCAUGGCCAAGAGCAGCUCCCUGAACGUCCGCGUCGUGGAGGGCCGGGCGCUGCCCGCCAAGGACGUGUCUGGGAGCAGUGACCCCUACUGCAUAGUGAAAGUGGACGACGAAGUGGUGGCCAGGACAGCCACCAUCUGGCGAAGCCUGAGCCCCUUCUGGGGGGAGGAGUACACAGUGCACCUGCCCCUGGAUUUCCACCAGCUGGCCUUCUAUGUGCUGGACGAGGAUACCGUGGGGCACGACGACAUCAUAGGCAAGAUCUCACUGAGCAGGGAGGCCAUUGCAGCUGACCCCAGAGGAAUUGAUAGCUGGAUCAACCUGAGCCAUGUGGACCCUGAUGCAGAGGUGCAGGGUGAGAUCUGCCUGGCCGUGCAGAUGCUGGAGGAUGUGAGGGGCCGUUGUCUUCGCUGUCACGUGCUCCAGGCCAGGGACCUGGCCCCCCGAGACAUCUCCGGCACAUCUGACCCAUUUGCACGUGUGUUUUGGGGCAGCCAGAGCUUGGAGACUUCGACCAUCAAGAAGACUCGCUUCCCACACUGGGAUGAGGUGCUGGAGCUGUGGGAGAUGCCAGGUUCCCCAUCCCCCCUGCGGGUGGAGCUCUGGGACUGGGACAUGGUUGGCAAGAAUGACUUCUUGGGCAUGGUGGAGUUCCCCCCGCAGGUCCUACAGCAGAACCCGCCCAAUGGCUGGUUCCACCUCCUGCCCUUUCCCAGAGCGGAGGAGGAUUCUGGGGGGAGCCUGGGUGCCCUGCGGCUGAAGGUGCGCCUGACCGAGGACCGCAUCCUGCCCUCCCAGUACUACCAGCCACUCAGGGAGUUGCUCAUGGAGUCUGUGCUGGGGCCGGCAGAGGAAGAUGCUGCCAGCCCCCUGGCUGUCCUGGAGGAGCUGACCUCGGGGGACUGCCGCCAGGAGCUUGCCACCAAGCUGGUGAAGCUCUUUCUUGGCCAGGGCCUGGCUGGGCCCUUUCUGGACUAUCUCACCCGGCGUGAGGUGGCACGGACCACUGACCCCAACACCCUCUUCCGUUCUAACUCCCUGGCAUCCAAGUCAAUGGAACAGUUUCUGAAGCUCGUGGGCAUGCCCUACCUGCACGAGGUCCUGAGGCCGGUGAUUAACCGCGUCUUCGAGGAGAAGAAGUACAUGGAGCUGGACCCGUGCAAGGUGGACCUGGGCCGCACCAGGAGAAUCUCCUUCAAGGGUGCGCCCUCCGAGGAGCACGUGCGGGAGGUCAGCCUGGGGCUGCUGACGGGCUACCUGGGGCCCAUCAUGAAUGCCAUUGUGGGCUCCGUGGGGCGCUGCCCGCCCGCCAUCCGCCUCGCCUUCAAGCAGCUGCGCCAGUGCGUGGAGGAGCGCUUUCCCCAGGCAGAGCACGAGGAUGUGAAGAACCUGGCCAUAAGUGGUUUUCUCUUCCUGCGAUUCUUCGCUCCUGCCAUCCUCACCCCGAAGCUGUUUGACCUCCGGGACCAGCAUGCAGAUCCCCAGACCAGCCGCUCACUGCUGCUGCUUGCCAAGGCUGUGCAGAGCAUUGGAAACCUGGGCCAGCAGCUGGGCCAGGGCAAGGAGCUGUGGAUGGCCCCCCUACACCCCUUCCUGCUGCAGAGUAUUUCGCGUGUGAGAGACUUCCUGGACCAGCUGGUGGAUGUGGAUGGGAAGGAGGAGCCUGGGGGCCCAGUCAGGGCCCUGGUCCCGCCCUCGGUGACCGUUCGAGAAGGCUACCUGCUCAAGCGCAAGGAAGAGCCCUCCGGCCUGGCCACACGCUUUGCGUUCAAGAAGCGCUACUUCCGGCUCAGCGGGGAGAUGCUCUCCUACUCCAGGAAUCCUGAGUGGCAGACGCGCUCCUCCAUCCCGGUGUCGCACAUCCGCGCCGUGGAGCGCGUGGACGAGGGCGCCUUCCAGCUGCCGCACGUGAUGCAGGUGGUGACGCAGGACGGCGCGGGAGCGCUGCACACCACCUACCUCCAGUGCAAGAACGUGAACGAGCUCAACCAGUGGCUAUCGGCCCUGCGCAAGGCCAGCGCCCCCAAUCCGGACAAGCUGGCCGCCUGCCACCCCGGUGCGUUCCGCAGCGCGCACUGGACCUGCUGCCUCCAGGCCGAGCGCUCAGCUGCCGGUUGCAGCCGCACGCACUCAGCCGUCACCCUGGGCGACUGGAGUGACCCGCUGGAUCCCGAUGCUGAGACCCAAAUGGUGUAUCGGCAGUUGCUUCUAGGGCGGGACCGGCUCAGGACUCCAGAGACACAGGGCACAGAGCUUGGAUGUGUCCCUCCACCUUGCUGGCUGGCCUCAGGAUCACUGUCAUUCAGCGACGGAGAUUUGUUCCAACUCAUAGUGUGGGUUCUGAAGCUGGCUUGCCUGGGUUCAAAUCCUGGACUGGCUACUCACUGGCUGUGUGAUCUUGGGCGAGUUGCUUACCUUCUCUACCUCAGUUUCCUCAUCUGGAAAGUAAGGGUACCAACUGUACAUACCUCAUGGGGUUGUCCUAAGGAACAAAUGAGCUAA